AUAUCAAAAUUAAACCAAAGAAUAAACCCUAAACCUUUAUCAAUUGCUCUUCUUCUUUGUCGGGCACUUCACCCUCCCUCUACGGCUCUAGCUUGCCGUUAACGGUGCGGCUCUCUUUGUCCACGAUCGUGUAUACAGGUCUUAGCUAUGGCGGAGGUAAUUUCUCAUCCAAACACUACACUCGAGGAAAAAGAAGCUCUAGAACCUGAAAAUAGUGGAGAAGGGGAUGGUGAGCUUCCUCCAUCAUCACAAAAAGAGGGAGAAGAAACAAAAGAAACUUCGAAGAAAAAAAAGAAGAAAUCCAAAAGCAAGAAAAAAAAAGAGAUCCUUCAGCAGUCUGAUCCGCCAUCAAUUCCUGUUCUUGAACUUUUCCCAUCUGGAGAUUUUCCUGAAGGUGAAAUUCAGCAGUACAAAGACGAUAACCUAUGGAGAACUACAUCAGAGGAGAAGAGAGAGCUGGAGCGCCUUGAGAAACCAAUCUAUAAUUCGGUUCGUCGAGCAGCAGAAGUUCAUCGUCAGGUUCGCAAAUAUAUAAGAAGCAUUUUAAAGCCUGGAAUGCUGAUGACUGACUUGUGUGAAACAUUGGAGAAUACUGUUCGGAAGCUAAUAUCAGAGGAUGGCCUGCAAGCAGGCAUUGCAUUCCCCACAGGAUGCUCUUUGAAUUGGGUUGCAGCUCAUUGGACCCCAAAUUCAGGAGACAAGACUGUGCUUCAGUAUGAUGAUGUAAUGAAGUUGGAUUUUGGCACCCAUGUAGACGGAUAUAUUGUUGAUUGUGCUUUUACCGUGGCAUUCAACCCGAUGUUUGACCCUCUGCUUGAAGCCUCACGUGAAGCAACCAAUACUGGUAUUAAGGAAGCUGGAGUUGAUGUGCGCCUUUGUGAUAUUGGUGCUGCAAUUCAAGAGGUCAUGGAGUCCUACGAGGUUGAGAUUAAUGGGAAGGUGUAUCAAGUUAAGAGUAUACGGAAUCUGAAUGGACAUAGCAUAGGACGCUACCAAAUACAUGCAGGAAAAUCUGUUCCCAUAGUGAAAGGAGGAGAGCAGACUAAAAUGGAAGAGGGUGAAUUUUUCGCUAUUGAAACCUUUGGAUCUACGGGAAAAGGAUAUGUGCGCGAAGACCUGGAGUGCAGCCACUACAUGAAAAAUUUUGACGUUGGUCAUAUACCUCUUAGGUUGCCUAGGGCUAAGCAAUUAUUGGCCACUAUUAACAAAAACUUCUCUACUUUAGCCUUUUGUAGAAGGUAUUUAGAUCGCCUUGGGGAGACUAAAUACUUAAUGGCGUUGAAGAACCUGUGUGACGCUGGCAUUGUUCAGCCCUACCCCCCUCUUUGUGAUGUGAAAGGAAGCUAUGUAUCACAGUUUGAACAUACAAUCCUUCUCCGUCCAACAUGCAAAGAAGUUAUAUCUAAGGGCGAUGACUACUGACUUGGAUAUAAAGUGGUUUGAUUAAUAUUAUUAUAUAUCUAUAGACAUUGUACUGUUUUUUUUUUUUUUUUAUUAUUAAAAAAACAACUCUUCUUCCUGUAACAUCAACCGUACUGUUCUAUACUGACACACGUCUUUCGAUUUGACGGUAGUCACUUCAUCAUUGGGCAUAUUUUCUGGUUCGUGUUAGUAUCUUAUUCCAUAGAUCUUGUUAAGGUUGAAAAGAUGACCAUUCGACUUAUUUAGGUUGCAUUUGGAUUGUCUUGAGAGUUAAAUAAAGAGACAGCGUUGGAGACGUGUUUUCUGUUUUUGGGGCAGAGAAUUGUCUCUCUUUCUGUCUCUGAAAUCAAAUGACCUUGUGUUCA